UAUAUAUAUACAUAAAAUACAAAAACAGGAUUUUGCAUGAUAUAAUACAAAUGUGCAUUUUUGCAGUAUGCACAAAACAAACUGCAGAAUGAUAAAUCUUUGGUUGUAUGUAGCAUAACAAUUUUAGCAAAAACACCAUUAUCUAUACACGUCAAAUCACAAUUCUACUGCAAAUUGUUUUGCUGACAAAACUGCAGUAUAAUAAGAUCACACAUAUAAAACGUGUAAAAUAAAGUUAAACAUGAUACUAGACGACACGUAUAUUUUAGCAUAACUGGCAUACAGUACCAGCCUAUUAGAGAUAUUAAAUAUAUCAGGGGUGUCAAACUCAGUUCCUGGAGGGCUGGAGCCCUGCAGAGUUUAGAUUCAACCCUAAUUAAACACGCCUGAUCCAACUAAUCAAGUCUUUCAAGGCUUAUUUAAAAGCUACACGGUGUGUGUGUUGAAGCAGGGUUGAAACAAAACUCUGCAGGGCUCCGGAGUUUGACACCCCUGAACUAUACACAUGUUGUUCAACAAAAUGAUACAUAAUUGCCUUCAAAUAUAAUAUAUGUUAAACUAUUUAUAUUGAACAAAAUAUAAAUAUGUAUAUUCUAAGAAAGUGUUUUUAAUGUAUGUAUUUAAAAUAUUUUCCCACAGCAUUAUAAUAACAUGCACUGUAUGUGGAGGACAGCCAGUCCAGAACUUUUUUUUUUUUUUUUAUGUCUCCCUUAUCGGACACUUCCAGUUCCUGAAAUCUCUACUAACGAGCUGAUGAGUUGAAUCAGGUGUAUUAGAGCAUAGAUGAGGGAGACAUAUAAAAUGUGCAGAGCUGGGGCUCAUCCAGGAAAACCCGUAGCAGGCAACUUAACCUGUUUCUUACCUUUUUAGUUAAAAUUAAAAAUUUCAAUUUAAUUGUUUGAAUUUGAGACAUUAUUGUGACGAACGAUGAUUUUUGUGAUGCAUGUGGUAAAAGCGCAAUUAAUUAUUUUAUAUAAUUAUGAUAAAACACCAAUAGACUUGUUACAAUGCUGUAUGAAUGGUAAGCGAUAGGGAGUGACGUUUUACCAGCUAAUUGGUUCGCGUUUUACGAGUUCUGGAGUUGCUAUGGUGACGACGACGGCUUCGUUGCGCGUGUUUGCAAUGCAGUGCACACUAGCUAGCAAGUUAGGCUCGGUAGCUUUGGUCAAGUCUGGCUGAAGAUGCAAACAAAAUAAAUUUACCUUAAAUGUAAAACUGUUUGUACUCGCAAUUUAAUUCGUAGCGAAAGCGAAUAUCACCGUUAUACAGGUGGCUAUCUGGGUAUCAAAAAUAAAGCUGAUAAACAUCUAAACCACCUGUUGUUCUCCACCGGAAGUCAUUCAGCGCGCUGUUUCUCCAGAACAAACCUCUGCUGUACUGUACAAGAGCAGCUCAUUACUAGUCAUGACCAGGAGGUGGCGAUAUUGACCGAAACCUUGGUGCAUUCAGAUUUAUUCCACCAGUCUGCAACUUCUGUUGGGAGUUAUUAGUGGGAGAGAAGACAUCUGCAGGUCCAUGGCCAGCUGGGAUAGGUUCAGGCUCUGCUGAAGGUCAUGACGGCGGAGGCAGAUGACAGGGUGGUGAACACAGAACUGGAAAAUGGAUAUUAUCUCAAAUCACAGCUGUACUUUGGAGAUGCAACAGUGUUUUACUAACCAGAUCGAGCGGCUCCGAGGGGAGAAUCAACAACUGAAGGCGGCCUUGAGACAGGCAGAGUUCAGACUCAGCACAGUGGAGAGAGAGAAGGCCCGUCAGCAGGCUGCGCUCUCAGAAAAGAUCUGCGAUGUUGAUCAGCUUACUUCAGAGAAACAGCAGAUGACCGCUGAGCUGGGAGUGCGGCGUAUGCAGCUUACCCUGCUGAAAGCAGAGGGACAGGAAGCUUUGAAAGAGCUGCUCGGCGGUAAAACCUGUGAGCUGGAACAAGCAAACCUGAAACUUCAGAGCCAGCUGAAGACUCUACGGGCUGAGCUGGACCAGACCACAAGUUCCUUGAGAACACUGGAGGCGGCUGAUGGUCAUGGUCUUAAAGUUGCUCUGGGAAUGCAGAAACAGAUCACUUCUAAAAGGGAGCAGAUUGAUUUCCUGCGAAGCCGAAUUCAGCUGCUGGACGAGACCAUAGAGAAGCUCAAGAUGGAGAAACACCGUCAGGCAUUGCUGUUUAAGAGACAGACACAAGAGCUUCUGUCAGAGAGGGAGAGCAGGAGGAGACUGGAGUUUGAAGUAGAGGCUCUGUGCUCUAAAGAGCGAGAGCUCAAAGGCAAAGCAGAGAGACUGGAAGCAGCUUUAUACAAGAUGUCUGACAGUUUUGCUGAAUGCCAAGACUUUAUUCAGAAGCAGGAACAGGAACUUAUGAGGCUGAAACUGCAGCAUGCAUUGGAUAUAAAGGAACUGCAAAGCCAGAAUUGGCGUACUGUUUCCAGAUCUCCAGUCAGCAGCUGUAUCCUACAGACUCAUAUUCCACUCGCUCAGCAUAAUGUUAAUGGCCUAAUGGAGAUGAGAGUCUCUGACCCCGACGUGGAGCUGAAGAGUUUUCUAAGAGAGCUGCGUGGUGGGAUUACUGAAGAGCAAGGACCACACACUACCUUGAGCUUCAGGAGGAAACCAGAGGAAGACCACAAAUCUGGACAACCUAUAGGCACUAAAGGUCCUGAAAGUACCCCAAGGCCAGUUGAAAGAAAAAACAGUUACAGUGAGCCAGGAUGCUUCAGAACUUCUGAACCUAAUAAGCAGGAUCACGCCAGCCCUUUAUCAGCUGACAAUAAUGCAGUGUGUUUUAGAGCAGGACAGACAUGCUGUUCCAGCUCUGGUUGUGCAACAGGACGCAGGUCUCCUGUGCACCUUCUCCUCACUUCUGAUCUUCCCACUGACAGAAACUAUUGGCUGGAGAUGGAGCGCCCUGCCUACGCUAAUCAGAUAUCUGCCAGCAAUCAAGAUGAGCUCACAGGACAGGCGUCUGAGAAAAUCAAGCUGGACAGACCGUAGAAGCUACUGAAGGAUGUUGGCCAGAAUGACACGGGUCUUCUUUAUUCUCAAUAGGACUUUGUCGAAAACGGCUGUCAAAACAGAUAAUGGUGACACUCGCACUGUUUGCUUUCUUCAUCGGAAAUAAAGUGGACCAAGAACAUUUCUAUGUGCUGCAUAAUACAUCCCAUGGAAGUGCAAAAAAGUCAGUAACAUGGCAGUAUUAUUAACAUAUCAAUAAAUUGUGGGCUAUAUUUUUUGAAUCACUUAUAUUUUUAUAACUGCGUUGUCAUCGGACCUUGCACAGCUGCUCUGGAGAAGCUGUGCUGACUGAGCCAGGCGGCUGCUUUUGAAUGCUGUUGCUGUACUUUGAUGCCAUAUGUAACACUGCGCUACUUCAGUGCCAUACUUAAUGACAUUCCUAACCAGCAUGCAGAGCUUGAAGUCAGAAGCCAGUCUUUCUGUGCAGCACUGCAUGUAGUUGAACUCUCCUACAUUGGACCUUUGCUAGGCCCAGUCCUACCUUUUUGUUGCAUCUACCAUUUUUAAGGGCCCCCUUGAAACUUGCAGCAUUAUUCAAUGUGUUUAUGUAAUAUCCCCUGGAACAGGAAGACAGGACGGGACAUAUCAAGGAGAAAAAUGUAUUAAUUUCAGCCCAUGUUAGAAUAUUAUAGACAGUCCAUUUUUACUGUUUUAUGAGAAUUUUAUUUUCCUGCUGCUGACAAGCUUGUCCAAGUUAGCAAAACUAGCUAAGGGAGGCGGAGCCUAACAACAGGAAAAUUGUGCCCAUAUUGAAGAUGUUGCAGGGGUCUGUAUUGUGUUCUUUUGGUUUAUGAUUGCCAAUGAUUUGUUCUGCAGGAAUGUAGUUUUAUAAAGGCCCAGAAAAGAGGACACUCUUCUAAAACAAGAUCUAAACAAUUGAUUUAUUUCAUUUUGCAUAAAGAAUGAGAUUUUUUAAAUGAAA